AUGGCUUCUGAUGCUGAAACAAAAGAUUCCACGUUAAAUGAGGAAAAGGACACGAAAGUAGAUCCUACUUUAAAAGAAGAACCUGAAAUGACCCAAGAAUUACAAAUUAAGGAUGAUCUUAGUGACACUAAUGAGGAAAAAUUACAUGCUGCAUUCAUGGAAAAGAUGGAAAAGAGAAAGCGUAACGAACCAUCCACAAAAGAAUCUCAAAAUAUUGAUGACGAAGAAGACGAUGAAAAUAAGUCUGAUGAAAAUAUUGAACAACCACCUACCAAAAAGGUCCGAUCAUCACCUCGAAAAACCGGUUCAACCGUUUCUAAACGUAAACAAACAUCGACAUCAAUUUUAUCUAGUCAAAGUUCACCGAAACGAGGCCGUGGGCGUAAACCUAGUAUCAAAUUCGAUGAUGAAGAAUUAGAUGAACUUCGUCACGAUCGAGAUGAUGACGAUGAUUAUAGGGUAAAUGAUUCUGAUUAUGAAGAAAUGGAAAAAAAGCCAUCCAUGAAGAAGAGUAAGGGUAAAGGUCAAUAUAUGAGAAAGAGAUCUUGGAGGGCUGAAGAAGAUAACUAUAUGAUCGAUUGUAUUUUGGAAGAAAUGCCUAGUCCUUCUUGGGCUCGAAUUGCUAAAGGUCUUGAUGGCCGUACUCCGAAUUCAUGUUUGGUUAGAUGGAAAACAUUACAAAAAAGAUUAUAUCAAAAUAUGUUAUAA